AUGCCACUCAACGCAAAACUGGAGCGCAAUUUGCGCGCCGUGGAAGACGACUCGGACGAAAAUUCUUAUUACGAGGUUUCGGAUCGUUCAUCGCCGUCCGUCGUUGAGACUGGAGAAGAGGGUGCUAAUCUGCUGAGCUCCGAGGAAGACGAGGAUGAGGAUGAGGGUGAGGACGAGCAACUGUCGGAUACAUCGCAAGACGAUCAAGUCCAACAGCAACUGAGCAAAGUCUCGUUCGGAGCCUUAGCCAAAGCCCAGGAUGCCCUCUCGAAGCAACAAUCCAAUCGGAAAAGGAAGAGGGGAGAUGAGACUACAGGCGCACAGGAAGAUAAACUACAGGCUUUACGAGCACGGCUGCAAGAGAUCAAGGCAGAGAAAUUGGCGAAGGCAGGCAAACCACAACAGAGCGCGAAACCAUCCAAGAAAGCCAAACAAGCUCAAGAAAGCGACGACGAUGUGGAAGACGAAGACACCUCAGAUUCCGACUCAGCACCUCAUGCACGAUCCAGUAAACACGCUCCCGCAGUACAGUCGAGCAAGCGAGCCGUCACGCGCAGAAGAAAUGUGGUAGAAGUAAAGAAGCGCAACGCCCGCGAUCCACGAUUCGAUGCGGCCACAGGACCUCGUACCGAUGAAAAUACGUUCAAGAAGCGGUAUGCUUUCUUGGACGAUUAUAGGGAUUCCGAGAUUGCCGAACUACGCUCUACGAUCAAGAAGACGAAGAGUGAGGAUGACAAGGAGAAAUUGAAGCGCAAGUUGCUGUCCAUGGAGUCGCAGAAGAAGGCUCGAGCGGCCAAGGACAAGCAACAGGAAAUAACACGAGAGCACAAGAAGAAGGAGAAAGAGCUAAUCAAGCAGGGCAAAACGCCAUUCUAUCUAAAGAAAGCCGAACAAAAGAAGCUAGCAUUGAUCGACCAAUUCCAGAACAUGAAGUCCAAGCAGCGUGACAGGGUGAUUGAGCGACGCCGUAAGAAGUUGACGUCCCGAGAACGGAGGAACAUGCCUGCGGAACGGCGCGCUGGCUGA